AAAAAAUGAAAGCAUGUUUCUCUUGAACUGCUUCGUGUAUUUUUCAGUUGCUUCAGUUCAUGGUAUAUGUCUUUUUAAUGAAAUUCAGCAGUUGUUGUUACAAAGGAUGGCAAGUUAUCUGCAAAUAUUCUUCCUUUUUGUUUAUAAAAUGAACUUAGUUGUUUUUAACACUAAACAAAACACCGUAAGUGCAGAAUUCCACUUCAAAACAAGGUUAAGCAUCUUUUUUUUAAAAGCGCACUUUCGUUGGACGAUGAUGAUUUGUGCUAGAGACAACAAGUAUGGAACACUGGAUGGUGAUCACAAAGACUAUUGAGACACUGAUGGGUUCAAAAACACGACAUGCCUUCUUUUUUCUCUCUCUUACAAUGAACCAUGUCAUUUAUGUUGGAUAUGUUUAUGCAUCUUCUUUAUUUAGAAAAAUCAUCCUUUUAUUACUAUAUGUAAAUAGCACAGAAGAAGCGGCAUUGAGUUUCUAUACUUACUUUGACCAUGUUGAAUUUAAGUUGGUCGCUUUGUUAUAUCUUUUAUGAUAUGCUUUUUUCAUGGCAUAUAUAAUUACAACUGUGGAUAAAA